AUGAAGACAAAAAUGGGCUUCAUCAGCCCAGCCAUGUCUACCUCUCUGGUCUCCCGGCCUCGGGGCGUUCUGUUUCUUGUCUGCCUCAUCUCCUUGGUUACCAUCUGGUCUUGCCGCCUCCCCAAAAUAUGCUUGUACGAAAGCACUUACAGGCCCUCACUCUCACCUUACCAGCAACCCCAACCAAACCCGGUCGACCUAUCUCUCCCCGAUUCACCCUUCGUCCGCUGGCCUCUCGAGCGUGUCUGCCGGGAGCAGACCAUCUGGAGGCCCGGCCUGGUGUUUAUUUGCGACAACAAUUCGGGAGGAAUUGGUAACAUCCGGAAUUACAUCCUCACCUGCAUCCGCUAUGGUAUCGAAGCCGGCGCCACCGGCAUCGUCCUGCCCCGCAUCCGCACUCGCAGCGAGAAGAAUCUAGCAGAUUUGAUGCUGGACUACCAGCCGUUCACCUACUUCUUUGACGAGGACCACUUCCGAGCCAAUCUGGAAAGGGCUUGCCCUCGGAUCACUGUCUACGAUAAUGAUGAGAGCAUUCCCAACGUACAAGUCCCCGUGAAAGCCGAAAAGGUCAGGCCACAUGAUCUGGGGAAGAGGGGAGGCUGUGAUAAGCGGGACCUCAACAAGCACGUCGGGGUAUUCAACAAGGCAUUUUCCGGUUACCUGGACAGGACAGAGAAAGAGUUUGGAUGGCCUGAGUUGAACGAGAUGAACCCCCGGCCGGUUAGGUUUCCUUGGGGAGUGCAGUUUGAGUGGCCUACUUGGAAGGAUGGGCCAGAAUUCACUGCCAGUUUUGGAGGGCUGUUGAGGUUCAGGGAGGAUAUUCUGGCUUUGGGGUUCAGAGCAAAGGGGUACAUGAGAGAGUUCGCAAAGAGACAUGGGGGAAGCGGGCGGUAUGUGGGGUUACAUUUGAGAACUGAGAGCGAUGCGCUGAGUCGGUGGCCGGAUUUUGGGAACCAGACAGAGGCGUAUCUGACGGCAUCUGAGGCAACGGGGAUCAAAGCUGCUUAUUUGGCGACGGGGAAUAAGACAGAUGCAGCCAGGCUGGUUGAAGAGGCUGAAAGGAGGUUGGGCAUGGGUGUCAUCACCAAACAUGACCUGCUUGCCAAGUACUCGAAGGAGGACCUGCUGAUGUUGGAGGCUCUGACCUGGGACCAACAAGCCCUGAUCGACUUUGUUGUGUUGGUCGAGAGUGACUAUUUCUUUGGCAUCAGCCCAAGUUCGUUCAGCAUGAACGUCGCUCUGAAGCGUCACCUCAAGACUGAGGGCCUACACACAAGACCGUGGAAGAUUGGGGGAGAUGGAGACGGAAGAAGCUGGCUGACUGGGCGGUUUGAACAGUAUUGGGAUGAUUGGUUGUACAUGUAUGAGUCCAUGUGGCCAUAA